CAAAAAAAUAAAUGAAAUAUUAAAUAAACUGGAAUUUUGGGUCCCGAAAUAAAGUAAUCCUAUAAUAAAACAAAUGGCCGAAUCGCAGCUACUAAGAGAACCAUCGACCUCAUUUUUGGGUGAUGAUAACAUUGAAAAGCACGAAGAAGAUUUGGAACAGCAGGCAUUAGAUGAAAUUUUAAAAGAGACUAAGAGGAGUGCUGAAAGAGCCAAAGAAUUGGGUGCAUUUGGAUGGACAAAAUCAAAAAUUCCACCAACAAACAAAACUUUUCUCAAGAAUAUGUUAGUGAGCACCUUAAGGAAUAUUGAUUCUCCAAAACACAGUGGUCACAGAGCUCGUGGAAGAGAAAAUCACAAAGAUUAUUAUGAUGCUCGCAAACAUCGGGGUGCUUACAGAGAUGAUAGUAGAGACUAUAAGGACUCUUUCUAUACCGGUAAAUAUAUUUAUAAAACAAGAUCUCGUGAUAGAGAACAUUACCAUCGUGAUAGACAAAACAGUCGUGAUAGAGAACAUAGUCAUGAUAGAGAACAAAGUAAGGAUCGUGCUGAAAAGAAUUCUAAAAGAAGACAACGAAAGGAGAAGAAAAGUAAAAAAGAAGGCAAAACUUCAGAAAAGCACAAGAAUAAACAUUCCAAAUCAAAGAAAAGUAAAAAGAAACAUAAAAGCAAAAAGAAAGAGUCAAAAGAAGAAAGUUGAUUAGUUGUUGUGAUCAAGAGUGUUGUUUUUAAACUGUUAUUGUUCAUCUGGUACAACAAGAGCUCUAGAAUGUGCUGACUGGUGUGAUGAGCCCAUAUUUGGUUGAUGUGUAGAAAUCUCACUGAACUAGGUAUCUAAGUUUUCCAGAGAACACAUUUUAUUGGUUGUCAUUGUUUUAUACUUUGUUUUGUUAUUGUUUUUACAUAAAUGGGAUAUAGUUGUU